GACCAUCAGACAACAUCUACCAGACCACAAUCACAUUCUUCAAUAAUCGAUUUAUAGCACUGCACUGCCAGUAAUCCACACUCGGUCUACUUGACGGUUCAUCACUACCUCAACUUCAGCAGCAUUAUUAUAGCUACGCUCAGUGGCGCAUCGACACUCAGGCACCCUCUACAACCGCUACAAUGAAGCUCUUCCACCAAUAUCUUAUUGUUCUCAUCCUUGGGCUUUUCCAGAUUGCCCUAGCAGUACAGGUUCAGAAAUCUAUCGUCGUUUCAUAUCCUGAUAAUACCCCGGAGUCGGUCUUGAAAGAGGCCAAGAAGGCUAUCACUGAUGCUGGCGGCUGGAUAACUCAUGAAUUCAAUCUAUUCAAGGGCUUUGCUGCCAAAGCUUCUUCGUCCGCCAUAGAGACCAUCCAAGCAUCAUCCACCAAUUUCCUUCCGGUCAUUGAGGAGGACAAGGUUGUUACGAUUGACGGUGAUUUCGGUACACAGUAAAGCCUGGUCUCGAGACUUACGACUUGAAAUGCAUGAGGAUGGCCUAAUCGUUUGGAAUUUAUUUGACUUCCGCAGAUGAGCAACGCUCAUUCGGGUUAUGAGAAUAUGUGUACGAACUACGAAGUAUUGAUAUGAGUUUAUGGUGGGCUAGUAUUGUAUUAGGUCUUGGAUUGGCGUUUUUGGGAGGUCUGGUCGUUAAUGUCGUUCGUUUCAAAUAUGACAGCUUGUUUAUGAUUUCCAAACACUACUAUGUAGCCAUACGUAUCUUAUAAUGAAUAGUAAAA